CCUCUCUCUCUCUCUCUCUCUCUCUCUCUCUCUCCCCUCCUUCCUGACGGUAAGGCAGAGGACGCUAGUCGUGGGAGGGUGUUGAAGGCGCCUGUUGCUUCAGUUCCUAAGAGCUUGGUUGGAGGUUCAAAAGUAAUUGCAAGAACACUAUGUAACUUCAGAUGUUUCUAUUCUUCAUCCAAACUAACUGUGGUUGAUGCCUUCCUCAACUAGCAAGGCUCUUUUCAGAAUAGUAGAAAAUCUACAGUAGCUCAUAUACUGCAAGAGUUGCCUGUUCUGAUGAGCUCUCAUUUAGUACCAGAGGAUGUUCUGUUUCAAAUGAUCGCUCAUUCUUCUAAAUAGUGGCUACCACUUGUUUGUAUCGGCAUGUGAGCUCCUCAUACAAGCCAUUCAGUCGAUCAUAUAUCUAUGCAAGCUUCUAAUAAAUGUGGAAGUUCCGAUGAGUCUCCAGAGUUGUACCUUCAGCACAAUUCGAUGCCUAGAAGAGAAGAGGAAUUUCGGCUUAGGCCACAGAACUACCAGUCUUUUGACCAACUUUUCUCUGAUAAUGGAUCCCUAUCCCAAAGUUGCCCCCUUCAAGCAUCUCACGUGCAAUAUUGCACGCGUGACUCUGCCUUGACAACAGCUUGUUAUGCACUUCGUGACUCUCCAUCAACUCUUAGCUUCUCCCCUUCUUUUGGGAGCCCUGUCUCACAGCAAGAUUAUCACUCAGACAACAUCAAUGGAUCUCCAUUAAAUGUUUCAUGUUUAACUGAAGAUCCCGCUGAUUUGAAACACAAGCUAAGGGAAUUGGAGGUUGCAAUGCUUGGUCCUGACUUCGAUACCAUUGACAGCUCGGAAAGUAGCUUCAGGAGCUACUUAAUGUCCAAACCAGAGAUGUGGAAACAAAUGAUGGGCAUCCCUGAAGGAGACCUGAAGGAAACACUCAUUGCUUGUGCGCGAGCUGUGGCCGACAAUGAUGCUCAGGUAAUGGAUUGGCUAAUACCGGAGUUAAGGCAGAUGGUUUCUGUUUCUGGAGAACCCAUCCAACGGGUAGGAGCUUACAUGCUGGAAGGCCUUAUUGCUAGGCUGUCUUCUUCAGGCAGUUCUAUCUACAAAGCUUUGAAGUGUAAAGAACCUACGAGCUCUGACCUCCUCUCUUACAUGCACAUUCUCUAUGAUGUGUGCCCUUACUUCAAAUUUGCAUACUUGUCUGCAAAUGGUGCCAUUGCUGAAGCUUUGAAGAAUGAAGAUAAGGUUCACAUUAUUGAUUUCCAGAUUGCACAGGGAAGCCAAUGGAUGACUCUGCUGCAGGCCCUUGCUGCAAGGCCUGGUGGGCCACCACAUGUGAGAAUCACUGGCAUCGAUGACUCCAUGUCUGCAUAUGCCCGAGGCGGGGGACUACACAUUGUGGGGCAGCGGUUGUUUCGCUUCGCUGAAUCAUGUAGUGUGCCGUUUGAAUUCCAUGCUGCUGAUGUGUCUUGUUGUGACUUAGAGGUCAAGGAUCUAGGCGUUCAUCCUGGCGAAGCCUUGGCUGUAAACUUUCCCUUCCAACUGCAUCAUGUGCCAGAUGAGAGUGUGAGCACCGAAAAUCACCGUGACCGAAUUUUGAGAAUGGUCAAGAGCUUGUCCCCCCAGGUGGUUACUCUUGUGGAGCAAGAAUCUAAUACAAAUACUGCUCCUUUGUUCCAACGGUUUGUGGAGACUCUCAAUUACUAUACUGCAAUAUUUGAAUCAAUAGAUGUGACUCUUCCUAGGGACAGCAAAGAGAGGAUCAAUGUGGAACAGCACUGCUUGGCAAGAGACAUAGUGAACAUAAUUGCCUGUGAGGGUGCAGAAAGGGUGGAGCGGCAUGAGCUUUUUGGGAAAUGGAAGUCGAGGUUUACAAUGGCUGGAUUUGGUCCUUACCCAUUGAGUCCAUUGGUAAAUGCCACUAUAAAGUCACUUCUGGCAAAGUACUGCGAGAAUUAUACACUCGAAGAGAGAGAUGGUGUCCUUUAUCUUGGAUGGAAGAAUAGGCGUUUGUCUGUCUCCAGUGCAUGGAGAUGAACUCCAGGUUUGACAUGCUGAUGAUUUGUGCAUAACUCUUCUAUGGCUGCUGUCUUGUAGUUCAUCAACAUAGUAAGUCUUAUAUUUCAUGUGUUGGAUCUGAUAGAAGGCUGUAGCUCUUUUGUGAGCUGCACUCAACAAAACCAAAGAAAGGUGAGUUGUAAGCUCCAAGAAAACAUGUGCUCCAACGUUUAAGUUUGCAAUUCUACUGUAACCCUUUUAUAUUGAAAUGAUAAAAGAGAAACUUAAGCU